AUGGUGCUCUCCGGACUAGAACGUUUUUAUCUAAUAGACGAUGGCUUCUUUUCAUUCAACAUUAAAUACCUCUUCUUUGUUGGUUUAUGGCCCGAAAAAACACUUACAAGGAACCAGAAAUUUCUCUACAAAAUCUAUGAACUAUUCAUCCACGCUAUUACCAUUAUUUUCCUAAUUAUGGCUGGUGUUGGGACGUAUCAAAAUAAAGAUGAUAUACUGAUUGUUUUGUCUAAUUUGGACAAGUCCUUGGUUGUGUACAACUUCUUUUUCAAAACGAUAAUAUUUCUUAUAAAGAGGGAUCAGUUGAGCGACCUGAUUGAUGAAAUAGAGGCAUCAGGGGAUGAAGUAACGAAAGAAAGAAAGAAGUUGAUGGCAAACUAUGUGAUGGCUGUAACUGGUAUGACUGCUGCGGUGGUCAGUACAUUUAGCCUUUUGGCUCUGUUAGAAGGAAUUAUGUCCAUAGAAGCAUGGAUGCCAUUUGACCCAGUGAAAAAUUCGAUGAACUUAGUACUAUCGCUGCAGAUUAUUGCUUUUUGUGUGUUCCCUGGACUCUGCAGAGCGUUUGCAAUGCAAGGGUUAGUCUGCAGCAUGAUAAUGUACUUAUGUGAUCAGUUAAUACACUUGCAGAAAGAGCUAAGGAGUUUAGAUUAUGUGAAAGAUACUGAAAUGAUAACGAGAAUGAAGUUCAAGAUGAUUAUAAAGAAGCAUAUUCGUUUGAUGGGCUAUUCAAUGAAAAUGGAGAGUAUCUUCAAUGAAUAUUUCCUAGUGCAAAACUUGGCUGUUACUGUUGAACUAUGUUUGAAUGCGGUUAUGGUGAGCAUAGUCGGCGUACAACAAAUAACUCUGCUAUUCACCUUCCUAGCAUACCUAGUACUUGCACUAAUUAAUGCCUACGUCUACUGCUAUCUGGGUAACGAGUUGAUUAUACAAAGUGAAGGCAUUGCUCUGGCAGCCUACGAGUCUACCUGGACUUCUUGGCCAGUAGACCUUCAGAAAGAUCUGAUGAUACUCAUCAAUGCUUCUCAAAGACCUUUGAAAUUGAGUGCUGGUGGCAUAGCGUUACUCUCAAUACAGACCUUUAGCCAGGCCCUGUAUAACGGAUAUUCCAUCUUUGCAGUUCUCAACGAUGUUGUUAAUUAA